ACUGAACUGACUGUGUCUCCUCUUGUUUCCGACUCAACAGUCCCCUCGUUCUGGGGUUUGGUGAACUCCGCUUGGAACCUCUGCUCGGUGGGCAAGAGGCAGUCGCCCAUCAACAUCGAGACCACCCACAUGAUCUUCGACCCCUUCCUCACCCCCCUGCACAUUAACACGGCCGGUCGCAAGGUCAGUGGCACCAUGUACAACACGGGUCGGCACGUAUCUCUGCGGCUGGACAAGGAGCCACUGGUCAACAUGUCGGGAGGUCCCCUCACCUACAGCUACCGGCUCGAGGAAGUGCGGCUACACUUCGGCAGCGAAGACAGCCAGGGCUCCGAGCAUCUGCUCAACGGACAAGCGUUCUCUGGAGAGGUGAUGCACCGCGCCACGGGGAAUAGACAACAACAUCCACUCUACUGUGUACACGCGUGUGCGUGUUCUAUGUUGCAGGUGUCAGACACGGCCAACCCCUUCCUCAACAGAAUGCUGAACAGAGACACCAUCACACGGAUCACCUACAAAAAUGAUGCGUACUUGCUGCAGGGGCUAAACAUCGAGGGGCUUUACCCAGAGACCCCCAGCUUCAUCACCUACGAGGGGUCAAUGACCGUGCCCCCCUGUCAUGAAACGGUCACCUGGGUCAUCAUGAACAAACCCAUCUACAUCACACGGAUGCAGGUCCACUCUCUGCGGCUGUUGAGCCAGAACCACCCGUCGCAGAUAUUCCUGAGCAUGAGCGACAACCUGCGUCCGGCCCAGCCCCUGCACAACCGCUGCAUCCGCACCAACAUCAACUUCAGUCUCCAGGGCAAGGACUGCCCCAACAACCGGGCCCAGAAGCUGCAGUACAGAG